AUGGACAAUAGAACAGUAUUAUCCAAUCCAUCGUCACCUGUAUUAGAGAGCAAGUCACAAUUUGCCACUGCACCUCCAUCACUGCCAAUGGGAAUUUCAACAACAUCAAUGUUGGUCACACAGUCCUCACCAACACUUACCUCGACAAAGUCUGAGACUGGAACAUCAUCAUCAUCAUCAUCGACAACAACUACAACAACGGUAGCAUCAAUCAAUAAUAUGGUGAUGACACAUUCACCUACUUUUUCAUCAUCACCAGCGACAACAACGACAACAACAUUAUCAACAAUAUCAGCCAUAACCACCACUGGUUCACCAACUGUUACAUCACAACCAUCAUCAAUGAAAAUACCAGGAAUUGUACCAUCACUGAUCCACAAUGGCAUCGGUUCAUCAUUGUUAUACUCACCUGGUACACCAGAGAAGAGGGGUCGUGGACGACCAAGGAAGAAUCCACCACCUCCACCCAGGGAUCCAAGUGUUCCCAAGAGGAAGCGUGGACGUCCACCAAAGUUGGACAAGGAUGGCAAUCGUCUACAACGUCUAGCGUCAUCUGCCAAUCCAAAUGGCAAGAAGCGUGGGCGUCCCAAGAGACCCGACCAGAGCGAGUCAUCACCAGAGGUCAAGGAGGAAACCACAGCAGUGGCACUGGUACCCAGCUCAACAACAGCAACAUCAUCAUCAUCAUCGUCAUCAAAUGAUGAAGACCAGAACAAGAAGCGAAGUCGUCCAAGCAAGUCAGUCAAGACAGAGGAUGGACAGAGUCCACAUCACACAGCAUCACCAGCACAUCGAUUACCAUCAGUCUCGACAGGAGGUCGGGACCAUCCCGAGUCAUCUGAAUUUCAACCAAGCUUCUCAAUCUUUCAC